CUUUUUGUUCAACUGCUGCUGCUAUUGCUGGGACUUUGCUCUUCAGUCGAACACACACGUAUUUUACAUUCAACCAGAGUAGCACCCGCCGAAGCGAGAGAAGGAGCUUUUUGUGUGUCAGGUUCUUUCGGAAGUGCCUAGAAGCUGGAAUAACUUUUUGGUGAUACUGUGCCCAGUUGGCAUUUGCUUGGUCAAUUCAAAUGGAAUAUGGUACAAAAGUGUGGUUUACGGUGUGUGCCCGAAGGUUGUGUGAAAGUUAACCCGGCCUAUAUGGGUUUACCUAGCAAAAAUAAGUGAAACGUGAAAGCCUAAUAUUAGUGUCAUACUGGAAUCAUGGAAGACACCUUUUGAGAAGAGCUGAUAAUGAUUAGUAAUCUGCGGAGAUCUGAUCACCAGUAUGUCUGAAUCCAUCGAAGAAUAGAGUGCAAAGAAGAAAAAAAACGACGACAAAAAGAAAGAGAGAAGGAGAGGGCAUUCGUUUGAUGAUAGCGAGAAGAAAACCAGAAUUCUCAAAAGUGGCAAACGAUUUGCUAAAAUAUUGUGAAGUGUAAAAAAUGUGCAUAUUUGUUGUAAAUAGUUUUGUGUUGCCUACCUCUGAGUAGCGAGCACACACCGAUCGAGUGUCUCCGAUCCGAGAGAAGAAAAGUUGAAUUCAGCUACAAAAACAGCCAUUGAUUGCCAUCGUUGUACUGUGUGCAUUGUUUGUCUCCCAACCGGGAGGGGAAACCGAAGGUGAACAAGGUCAGGAUCAUCUGACUGGCGCGCUGUCGGGUUAGUGCUGAAGCUAUACGUGCGAAUUGGAUACUCCACCGAUAGGAUUGCAGAAGCUGAUGCAGCUCAACUGACUUUGCCACUUGAAGAUGCCAUUUAGAAAAUUUGCUUCAAACGACUGCUAAUGCUGAUUCCCGUUAGGCCAAAUCAAUUGAACCAAAUCGAAUCCAUUGAGUGAAUAUUGCAUGCGUUCUCGCUACUAAAGCGGGAUUUGUGAUGUAGGUUAAGGUCCAUGUAUAUUUGUCUGUCGUCUCUGUGUGUUUGUGUGAAUGAAAUAGCCCCAGUUCGUCCAAAAUGGUAGACAGUUCGAUGGGAUCGGUCAGCUUCCUCCAUCUGGGGGACAUCGUCUCCAUAUACUCGGAGGGAAAUGUAUGCGGAUUUCUCAGCACUUUAGGCUUGGUAGACGACCGUACCGUCGUCUGUCCUGCCGCGGGGGAUCUUAACGAUCCCCCGGAGAAAUUUCGCGAUUGUCUAAUCAAGAUAUGUCCUAUGAAUCGGUACUCAGCCCAGAAGCAGUUCUGGAAGGCCGCCAAACAGAGCACAUCAGCCAACACGGACACUAGCUUGCUCAAGCGAUUGCAUGCUUUAAAGCUUUUUGUUGAUAUAUCAGAUACGCAGUCUAAUGUACGCUGGCAUGCCGCAGAGAUAGAAAAGAAGCAGAAUGAAUCCGAAAACAAAAAGCUUCUCGGAACCGUUGUUCAAUAUGGCAGCGUAGUCCAGCUGCUGCACCUGAAAUCGAACAAAUAUGUGACGGUGAAUAUUAGGCUUCCAGCCUUGCUGGAGAAAAAUGCCAUGCGAGUUUACCUGGACGCUAAUGGCAACGAAGGUUCCUGGUUCUACAUUAUGCCGUUCUACAAACUGCGAUCCGCCGGUGACAAUGUAGUUGUGAACGAUAAGGUUAUACUGAAGCCGGUCAAUGCCAACCGGCAGAAUCUGCACGUGGCAGCCAACUAUGAAUUGCUGGACAAUCCGGGCUGUAAGGAAGUUAACGUGCUCAAUUCAUCCACAUCCUGGAAGAUUACAUUGUUCAUGGAACAUCGGGAGAAUCAGGAAGAUGUCCUGAAAGGUGGAGACGUUGUACGGUUAUUUCACGCCGAACAGGAAAAGUUUUUGACUAUGGAUGAGUACAAAAAGCAACAGCAUGUGUUCUUAAGGACUACGGGAAGAACAAGUGCAACGGCUGCUACCAGCAGUAAGGCCCUCUGGGAGAUUGAAGUCGUUCAGCAUGACUCUUGUCGAGGCGGCGCAGGCCACUGGAACUCACUAUUCCGGUUCAAGCAUUUGGCUACCGGAUACUACCUGGCAGCUGAAAUCGACGAUGACAUAUCCCGUACAGAAAAGUCAAGCAACUCUAGUCAUCCUCAGGGUGAUUCCUUCCGGUUGGUUUCCGUGCCACAUUCAACGGACAUUGCCUCUGUGUUUGAGCUGGACUCCACAACAAUCACUAGACCGGAAGGGUUAGUGCCCCAAAAUAGCUACGUACGGAUGCGACAUCUCUGCUCAAAUACAUGGGUUCAUGCCACUUCUUCACCUAUCGAUAUAGACGAAGACAAACCGGUAAUGUCGAAAGUCGGUUGCUCAGCGAUCAAAGAAGAUAAAGAAGCUUUUCAGUUGAUUCCCGUUUCUCCCGUGGAGGUUCGAGAUCUGGAUUUUGCGAAUGAUGCCUGCAAACUAUUGCUAGCUAUGAGUACCAAGUUGGAGAAUGGAACUAUAUCUCCAAAUGAACGACGCUCACUAAUCGCACUGCUUCAGGAUAUAGUGUUUUUCAUCGCCGGUCAAGAAAACGAACAAAACAAAAGUGAUGCACUGGAUCUAACAAUCAAUAAUCCAAAUCGAGAUCGUCAGAAGUUGCUUCGAGAGCAGUACAUCCUUAAACAACUGUUCAAGAUUUUACAAGGCCCUUUUCAGGAAACGAAGAAUAGCGAUGGCCCUUUCCUGAAAAUUGAUGAACUCGGUGACCCGAAGAACACACCGUUCAAAAACAUUUUCAGGCUUUGCUAUCGCAUUUUAAAACUAAGUCAGUCUGACUAUAGGAAAAAUCAAGAGUACAUUGCUAAACAUUUUGGUUUAAUGCAGAAGCAGAUUGGUUACGAUAUCCUUGCAGAAGAUACUAUUACGGCUCUGUUGCACAACAACCGCAAGCUAUUGGAAAAGCAUAUCACUGCUGCGGAAAUCGAGACCUUUGUGGGUCUCGUACGUAAAAACAUGAACAACUGGCAGUCCCGAUUUUUGGACUAUCUUUCGGAUCUGUGCGUAUCCAAUAAGAAAGCUAUUGCAGUAACGCAAGAACUAAUCUGCAAAAGCGUUCUGAGCGCCAAAAAUGCAGACAUUCUGAUCGAGACAUUCCUGCGGGAGGUGGACGACGAGCGGUUGGGGUAUCUGACUGAUCUGGAACGAGGCAACCAUCAGUUCACCGAAAUUCGCGAGGUCGAUGAGUCCAACGAGGCGGAGGUGGAACGGGAAAAAGGUACCACAAGAACACCCGCGGCUAGCCCAAGGAAGCUCGAUGACAAGAAACGCUACGAAGUGGUCCUGAUGUGGCAGAAUCGAACGCAAUCAAAAUCCAUGAGCCGGUUAGCUCAGGGACUGAAAAUUGGCAGAACCACCGACAUCAACAUUCUGGAUUACUACCGACACCAGCUGAAUCUGUUCUCCAACAUGUGUCUUAACCGGCAGUAUCUGGCCCUGAACAACCUCUCCCCCCAUUUGGACAUCGAUUUAAUUCUGCGAUGUAUGUCCGACAAAACUGUUCCGUACGAUUUGCGGGCAUCCUUCUGCCGGCUUAUGCUGCACCUCCACGUCGAUCGUGACCCACAGGAACCGGUUACACCUGUUAAAUAUGCAAGGCUGUGGUCGGAAAUUCCAUCCGUGAUGUCCAUCAACGACUACGAUGUCGAGAAGCAACCGGACAGCAACAAGGAAGCCGUUAGGGCUCGUUUCAACAAAACGAUUGCCUUCGUCGAGGACUACCUGUGCAAUAAUGUGGUAUCGAAGAUGUGGUUUGCCGACCAGGACCAGAACAAAUUAACUUUUGAGGUAGUGAAAUUGGCCAGGGAUUUGAUCUAUUUUGGAUUCUACAGCUUUAGCGAUUUGCUUCGACUGACGAAAACACUGCUCAAUAUUCUGGACUGCGUGUCCGACAGUGAAACCGACCGGCGUGGGCUACCAACCGGGCACAUCGAUUUAGCAAACGAUGAGGAGACGCCACCUCAGAAGAAACUUAGUACAGGUGAAGCUAUGCCAAAAAAGUUUUACCGGUCCAACUCGACCGUAACUGUGUUGGCUGCGGUAGCAGCCGCCAGUAAGUCGAAGGAGCGCUCCGAUAGCCUCGCGGAAGCAACUGGCGAAAACCGUCGUAGGAUUCUACAAACCUUGAUGGGGAAGUUAAAUGCACCACCAUCCGGAGCCGAAGGUGGUGUUCUACGACGUAUUGGCGACAUGGGAGCCGUUAUGACUUCCCUAACACUGGGUCCUAUCUCAACAGCCAUCGUAUCGCCCAACAUUCAGCAACGCAAAUCGGUGUCCCACUACAUGAGAGAAUACCCGCUGGUGAUGGAUACUAAACUAAAAAUCAUUGAAAUUCUACAGUUCAUCCUAGAUGUCCGUCUUGAUUACCGAAUCAGCUGUUUGCUAUCGAUAUUCAAACGAGAAUUCGAUGAAAACGAACUUACAUCCAAUGCUCAGCAGCAACCGGUAUUGCCUAAUGCUGUGCCGCCAUCCGUAGUACCACCCGUUCCUGCCGUAAUCACACCAACUGAUAACGCAUACUCAGAAUUGAAUCCAGAAACAGCCUCGAUAACAUCCACUACCACGGUGGAAACUACCGUGGAAUCCUCCGUCGAGGAACAGCAACAACCAACUCAAUCGACAAACACAGAACCCAAACCGGAAGUAAAGCCCGAUACUAAAAUAGGACCUGUCACCUCCGAAAAUAUUAAUCUCAAACAGAAAAACAUCGAUCUGGAAUCAAUCGGUCACCAAGCGGAAGGAAUUUUCGGAUGCAACGAGGACACCUACAACCCGCUAGAUCUGGACGGUCAAGGUGGUCGAACGUUUCUACGGGUCCUGUUGCAUUUGAUCAUGCAUGAGUAUCCCUCGCUAGUGUCUGGCGCUCUUCAUCUACUGUUCCGACACUUCAGUCAGCGGUACGAGGUGUUGCAUGCUUUCCGACAGGUUCAACUACUGGUGUCAGACAGCGAUGUCGAAUCGUACAAACAGAUCAAAUCGGACCUUGACGUGCUGCGGCAAAGUGUUGAGAAGUCGGAACUGUGGGUCUACAAAUCGAAACAAUCCGAUGAGCUACAGCAGACAGGUGGGGAAACCGGAGGCGAUGGUGGCGAAGGAACGAAACCAGAGAAGGGUGAUGGCGCUUCAUCCGGGACGAAGGCAAAACCCCAGCUAGUCAAAAAUGAAUCUCAGCUUAAUUUUGAUCAAGGACCGGAGUUAAAUCCAGAGCAAGCGUUGGAAUAUAAAAAGAUUCAGCAGAUUCUUAUUAGAAUGAACAAAUUGUGCAUAACUGCAGGACCCGGUGACGUCACCAAACCAAGGAAGCACGAACAACGGUUGCUGCGAAACGUUGGAGUUCACACCGUUGUGCUGGAUUUGCUCCAAAUUCCUUACGACGAAAAAGACGACUAUCGAAUGAACGAGUUAAUGCGUUUGGCGCAUGAAUUUCUGCAAAACUUCUGUUUGGGCAAUCAGCAGAAUCAAAUUCUACUCCACAAGCAGUUGGAUUUAUUUUUGAAUCCUGGAAUACUGGAGGCCGAAACGGUGUGUGCCAUCUUCAAGGAUAAUCUGAACCUGUGCAACGAGGUGAGCGACAAAGUUGUACAGCACUUUGUCCACUGCAUCGAGAUUCACGGUCGACAUGUAGAAUACCUCAAGUUCCUACAAACGAUUAUUAAAGCUGAAAAUCAAUUUAUUCGCAAGUGCCAAGACAUGGUUAUGCAGGAGCUGGUCAAUGCUGGAGAGGAUGUGUUGGUGUUUUACAAUGACAAAUCAUCGUUCAAUUAUUUCGUUGAGUUGAUGAGAACGUACAGUAAUGGCGAACUUAGCGAUUCUAGUCCGUUGAUGUAUCACAUCGAGCUGGUGAAAUUGCUUGCGUGCUGUACCAUGGGCAAAAAUGUCUACACUGAAAUCAAGUGCAACAGUUUGCUGGCGUUGGAUGAUAUUGUCGCCAUGAUAUCACACCAGGAUUGUAUUCCGGAGGUUAAAGUGGCGUACGUUGAUUUUCUGUGCCAUUGCUACAUCGAUACGGAGGUGGAAGUGAAGGAAAUUUAUUCUUCUAACCAUAUGUGGUGUUUGUUUGAGAAAUCGUUCCUAAUCGAUAUCAACAAUGUGGUCAAGGGUGGCAGCUUCACUAAUCGCCAGCUGGAGAAUUACGUUUGCAGCGAAAUUAUGAACAUUCUGACGACAUUCUUCAACAGUCAAUUCUCGGACCAGAGCACGGCGUUGCAGCCUCCAUUAGGGCGCGCGUUUUCGGAGGGUGAGGAAUUAGUUCGUCGUUUAUUGGCCGACAGACGAUAUCAGAUGCGCCGGCUGCUUAGACAAAACAGCGACGAUGACGCCAAACUGCCCACGUUUAAGAAGAUUUUUUUUACGAAGAAACGCCAACUGAUCUUCGUAAAAAUCCUGCAAUCUUCCUUCAAGUUGACGCAGUGCAAAUGGCUCUCACCCUCGCAGCGUUUCAACGUUGAAAACUGCAUACGGACUCUCUCGGAGAAGGCUAAACCACGCGGAAUAGCCAUUCCUAUCGAUUUGGAAAACCAGGUGGUUAAAAUGUUCAACAAAACAGCCCUGCUAUCGCGCCAAACCAGCAAAUGGCUGCUGGCCACGAAGCAAACGAAAAUCGAACGAUCUCAGUCGCAAAUCAUGCGUAUGGAUAGGAGCAUCAUUGAAGGACUGCAGGACAUUGUUUCGCUACUGGAGGAUAAACUAAAGCCGUUGGUGGAAGCUGAACAGUCACUACUUGUAGAUAUUUUAUACCGAUCGGAAUUGCUGUUUCCGCUCAAUACGGAAUCGAGAAAAAAAUGCGAGACUGGAGAAUUCAUUCAACAUUUGAUUAAACACACAGAGAAGUUGUUGGAAGAAAAGGAGGAAAAAUUGUGUGUAAAAAUAUUGAAAACACUGAAGGAGAUGAUGACCAUCGAUUGUGAUUACGGUGAUAAAGGGGAUCAUUUAAGAAAUAUUCUUCUGAAGCGAUACUUUGGUCACGACUUCUCACAACCUUCGCUGCCAGGAAGUCUUCAUGGGGAGAACCAGAAAACAGGUUUGCCGCAUGUGCCACAUCCCGCGGCAGGCAGCAUUCCAGUUGCAACGGUUUCCCACGGUCCUGGAGCCAAAUACCUUCUUCGAGCAGGACGAACGUUACACGAGGUUCAGAAUGAUUUAGAUAAGGAGGGUGCGAGUGACUUGGUCAUUGAAUUGGUGAUCAAGUCAAUCAAUUCGCCUUCGAUAUUCGUAGAAGCGAUCGCAUUAGGGAUAGCACUAUUGGAAGGUGGAAAUCCCAUCAUUCAGAAGGGCAUGUACAAUAAGUUCCUGAGCAACGAUUUGAGUCAGUCUUUUUUCAAAGUGUUCUUCGACAAAAUGAAAGACGCCCAGCAGGAGAUUAAAUCGACCGUGUCGGUAAAUACGUCGGAUAUGGCCGCUAGUAAAGCCAAUGAAAAUAAAUCGGACGGUAAGGAUUUCGAUAAAAUUCAACGGAAAAAUGUAAAUAAAGUAAACGGAAUAGUCAUAACAGAUGAGUUUAAGGAAGAACUUCAGAAUGCGGCAUUGAUGACUCAACAAUCGUACAUGAAUGCGAAGAACUUAGCAGCUGUUCCUGAUGGAACCAGUAGUGAGAACGGUGAUGAGAAUGCUCUUAUGAGUAUUGGAUCAUCCGCUUUGGAAGACAUACUUGCCGAAAAACUAGAAAAACAUAAAGAUAAGGAUGAGAAUAACAAGCUAUCGAACAAAGUUCUGGUUAUGCAACCUAUCCUUCGAUUCAUGCAGCUGUUGUGCGAGAAUCACAAUCCCGAGCUGCAAAAUCUUUUGCGGAAUCAGAAUAAUAAAACAAACUACAAUCUCGUAUCAGAGACACUAAUGUUCCUUGAUUGUAUCUGUGGAUCGACUACUGGCGGCCUCGGACUGUUGGGUUUGUAUAUCAACGAGAACAACGUUUCUUUGAUUAACCAAACAUUGGAGGCACUGACUGAAUACUGCCAAGGUCCCUGUCACGAUAAUCAGAACUGUAUAGCAACGCAUGAAUCCAAUGGGCUGGACAUUAUCACUGCACUGAUUCUAAACGAUAUCAACCCAUUGGGAAAGAAUCGAAUGGAUCUCGUUUUAGAGCUUAAGAACAACGCAUCGAAAUUACUUCUGGCCAUUAUGGAAUCCAGAGGUGAUACUGAAAAUGCCGAACGCAUAUUAGCCAACAUGAAUCCGAAGCAGCUAAUAGACGUAGCAUGUCGAGCCUACCAUCAGGAUGAAAAUAUCCUGCUACUGCUCAAUCAAGGUGAUGGAAACACGGACGAAAAUUACAACAACAAACAUGAACUCGGCGAUGAUCAAAGCGACGACGAUGAUGUUGGAGUGUCUCCAAAGGAAGUCGGACAUAACAUAUACAUUCUGUGCCAUCAACUAGCACAACACAACAAGGAACUCGCUAAUCUGUUGAAAAACGACACCGCCAACAACAGCUCAAAUAGUAACAGUAGUGGUGGCGUAACCGUUUCGUCCUCUAUUUCUUCAAGUCCGUCGAAAGCUAACACAAAAACCAACCAAGCACUGCUAUUUUACCAAACUCACACGGCACAAAUUGAAAUAGUUCGACACGAUCGCACACUUGAGCAGAUCGUGUUCCCCAUCCCGGAAAUUUGCGAGUAUCUGACCAAGGACACCAAAGUGCGGGUACUGAAUACGGCGGAACGGGACGAUCAGGGCAGCAAAGUUGCGGAUUUCUUCGACCGCCACGAAGCAAUGUUCAACGAAAUGAAAUGGCAGAAGAAACUGCGUGGACAGCCGGCUCUCUUCUGGGUCAGCAGUUACAUGUCCCUAUGGAGCAACAUUUUGUUCAACAUGGCUGUGCUCAUGAAUUUGAUAGUUGCGUUUUUCUAUCCGUUCGAGAAUGGUGUACCGGAACUUAGCUUCCAUCUAUCGUCACUGAUCUGGAUUGUGAUACUGGUUUCGUUGGUGAUAGUAGUUACGCUGCCUCGCCAGUCCGGCAUCAGGACACUGGUAGUCGCACUGAUACUACGGUUGAUAUUCUCCUGUGGGCCAGAGCCAACCGUUUGGUUGCUUGGCUGUGUAACUGUCAUCAUGAAAGGAGUGCACAUCAUAAGUCUGAUGGGCAACUACGGAACGCUGGAGAAGCAUCUGUUCUCAAUUAUAACAGAUGCAGAGUUACUGUACCAUUUCGGAUACCUGUCAUUUUGUGUGUUUGGAGUGCUACUGCAUCCGUUCUUCUUCUCCAUUCUGCUCUUUGAUGUUGUCUACCGGGAGGAAACCCUACUGAACGUGAUACGCUCCGUAACACGCAACGGUCGAUCUAUCAUAUUGACUGCCGUCCUCGCACUGAUUUUGGUGUACAUGUUUUCUAUUAUUGGGUACAUGUUCUUCCGGGACGAUUUCUUAGUACCGGUAGAUCAGGAAAUUGCUGUGUCCGAAACGGAUGGUAUCAAUUGUGUAGCUCCAUCACGCAGUAGGAUGCUUCAGGACGAAGACCUCGGAAGCGACGAAGAGUACUGCACACAAUCCCUUCAGCGAGGAGGUGAAGAUGGUGAAGAAAUGAAGGAGCGAGGCUGUGAUUCGAUGGUCAUGUGUAUCAUCACAACGCUAAACCAGGGUCUUCGAAAUGGUGGCGGUAUCGGUGAUAUUUUACGGGCACCCAGCCGGAAGGAGACCCUAUUCGUGCCACGAGUAGUCUACGAUUUACUAUUCUUCUUUAUCGUCAUCAUUAUCGUGCUCAACUUGAUCUUUGGUGUCAUUAUUGAUACCUUCGCCGAUCUGAGAAGCGAAAAACAGCAGAAGGAGUUGAUUUUGAAAAACACAUGCUUUAUCUGCGGUUUGAAUCGGUCUGCGUUUGACAACAAAACGGUUAGCUUCGAGGAGCACGUCAAAAGUGAACACAACAUGUGGCACUAUUUGUACUUCAUUGUAUUAGUCAAGGUGAAAGAUCCGACUGAGUUUACCGGUCCCGAGAGCUACGUGCAUGCGAUGGUUAAGGCGAACAUUCAGGACUGGUUUCCUCGGCUACGUGCUAUGUCCUUGGCAGCUGUUGAUGGCGAUGGUGAGCAGAUUGAGCUAAGGAGUUUGAAGACUCUCUUGGAAACGAAUCAUGUAGCAGUACGCGAACUAACUGCUCAAAUAAUGGAACUGGAGAAUAAGAUGACGGAACAGCGAAAGCAACGCCAACGGCAUGCACUGCUGAAUCCGACCACCUCGACGUCGUACCAGUUCUAUCCGCAACUAUGAUAUUCGACGUCUGAGCUACUACAGGAGAGAAAGUAAAGCCUAAAACGUUGCGCUGUACCGGUAAUUUCUACGUACUUUUACUUUUAUGAUUAGUUAUAUAUUUAUCGAAAAAAAAAGUUUAGUAUUUUUACGCACGCAUAGCUGUUGUGAUCAAUUCGUACGUUAACUAUCUAUAAAGAAUAAAAUCUGUUAACAUUGUGUUUUUGGAAGGCUCAAAAAUGGGUGUAGUUGAUGUUAAUAUAAUUCUAAUCAAUUGAAACAAAAGGCAAUCAAGUGAAUUAUUGUACGAGAUAACAAUCUCAAUAACGCGCACUCGAACUCCAUUAUCAAGCACAUCGGAAAUGGCCUCUAGAUCUAUGACAAACUAGUUUGCCUAAUUCUACACUAACGCUCAGAAAUGCUUGGCAUCAACACAAACAAUUUCGACCUAGCCACGAGAUUUAAUUCAUGUAUUCCAACUGACUGUAAACAAUUUUGAAUGUUUUAUUGUCUGUUGGUAUAUUUUUCCACUGGAGACCUAAGAAAAAAGCUGGAAGCCCCCACACUAAUGGUUUGAUUUGAUUAUACUAAACCAUUCUGAGAAAAACAAAACUAUAACAUUAGAUGAAAGUUCAAACUUUAAAUGCACCUACAAAAUAAAUGACUCAAUAGUUUAUAAGGCCAAUAACCUUGGGGUUUUUUUUGUUGGAGACGAACCACUGAGACCAGUAUUUAGAUCUAUUGUGGGGUUAAAACUAUAAAAAAUAAAUGAAUCACUUACCUAAACUUUCAGACUGUAUUUUACCUCCGUAUCUUUUUGAGACUUGUAAUGUGUGCAUCUAUUGUUCUAAAUAAACGCCCAACGACAUUCUGUUCAGCUUUAAAAAGUCGCACUUCUUUUGAAAGGAAAAAUCGUUAGUAAUUUAUAACCGCAAAAACUUAUUAGUUAUUUUAUUUCCUUUAUAAUCUUUUGCAGUAAAGUUGCGAUUUCGAAGUGAUUCAAACCAUUCAGUGGUGAAAUAGCUAAAAGCCUUAAUCUGUCAGAGAAUUCCCUAUGUUAUUGUCUGACUUUGCUACAUCAUCGUCAACAUCUAUCGUCAACUUAUACGAUUAUCAUACUUUAUACACAAAAAAGCUUUUGAAAGCGAUACAAAUUACUAUUCAAAAUUGUUCAUUUUGCUCUUUGCAACCGUUUCUUGCAAUUCAAUAUAGUUAUAUUGUGUUAAUCCAGGAAAAGUAGACUCAAUCCAUCGAAACUUAAUCAAAACGCAUCUUGCGAAGAAGGUAGCAACCAUUUCUAAUAUAUAGAUAUAUUAAUGGAACGAUAAUCUAGUUUAAAAGUUUACACAAAACAUACCUACUCUUAUGUAAUUUUUAGAUAAGUCGUAAUAGAAGAUGUUGUUAUUGUUGGUAACGUUACUAUUGUACUGUUUUGUACUAUUGACGAAGGAGGAAAUAUUUUAUUACAUUACGUAGCAAAACUAGGUACGAGUGAUUAUGAUACCCGUUGAUUAGACGUAGGGUAGCAGUACCGAAAAAUAAAUUAAUCGACAAAUCAA